AUGACCGGCCGCGUAUCUAUUGGACAGCGCAUCCGCCAGGUCUCCUGGGGCUGGUACGCCAGCUCCAUGAGUACCGGAGGCAUUGCAUUACUACUCAAUCAGACACCACAUCAAUUUACAGGGCUGAAAAUUAUCGGAAAGAUUGUGUUUAUUCUGAACCUGGUUGUGUUUUCAUCGAUAACCAUCGCAAUGGGCAUUCGGUUCAUCAGCAAACCGUCGACGCUGAAGGAAUCAUUCCAGAACCCGCAGGAAACUCAUUUCUUCCCGACUUGUGUGCUGGCAAUCGCGACAAUUAUCAUGGGCAUCUCAUCGUACGGCACAUCGUCUUGCGGUCCGUGGUUAGUAGUAGCACUGCGCGUGCUUUUCUGGCUGUACGUCGCUGUCGCAACACUCGUUGCAAUUUCCCAUAACUGGUAUUUGUAUCAUUCUUGUAUGGCCAGUCGACAAACAUUUGCGCUCCUCCGGCUUCUUCCAUCAUUUCCAGCAAUGCUAUCGGGGACCAUGGCAUCGGUGCUUACAUCCAACCAACCCGUGCACCACGCCAAAUCGAUGCUCAUUGGAGGAACGACACUGCAGGGCUUCGGAUUCCUCAUGUCACUCCUAGUAUACGCAGAAUAUAUCUUCCGCGCAAACAAAGACGGCCUACCAUCACCACUCGAACGACCAGAAAUGUUCAUCGCCGUCGGACCGUGGAGCUUCACAGCGGUUGCCCUAAUCGGCAUGGCCCAAGUAGCCGUUGAAAAAUGGCCACAACGCUACAUCAUCUCUAUCGCAGACACCUCCUCCGUCUCCCCAACAUCAAUAUCAGCAGCAGACAUCGCACUAGUCCUCGCAACCCUGUCUGCAGUCUUCAUGUGGAUGAUGGCAUUAUUCUUCUUCUGCAUCGCGGCCAUCAGCAGUCUUGCCGCGUGCCGCGUGGUUAAAGGCAAGGGUAAAGGAGAGCUGGGAAUGUCGAUGGCAUGGUGGAGUAUGGUCUUUCCGAAUACGGGGUUUACGUUGGCGACGAUUGAUAUUGGGGAAGCGUUACAGUCGGAGGGGAUAUUGUGGGUUACGAGUGUGAUGACUAUUUUGCAGGUGGCGGUUUGGCUCAGUGUUGCCAUUGGGACGAUUUGGGGGGUUUGGAAUAGGGAGUUGUUAUGGCCGGCUGAGGUGGAGGGGGAUGAAAAGGAGAGUUGA